UUAUCAUAAUAACGUAACCAGGAUAGCUAGUGUAAAGAGAUGGAAAAGCAACUCAUAUGUAUGUAAAAUAUAUAAUAAAAGGCAACAUUGUAGACUUAGCAGAGGCACGAUGUGUGCUUUGCAGCAGUAAAGCCAAAAUAGAAGAAUAUGUUUGGAAAUGCUCAUUUAAAACUAAAAUGCAAAUCUCAGCCUUUAAAUGCAAGAAGAAAAAUUUGUGACCUAGUACAGUGACUGAUAAACAUGCUAAGAUAGUGAUGUAUGGAUAGUCCGAACAUGCAUGCAGAUAAACAGUACCCUAAUGACACAUCCAGUUUAAAAUGGUACAUAAAUGUUGACAAUUUGUUUAGAAAAGAAAGUUCUGAAAAUGUUUGACGAGCUCUGCUUAUUACACGCAAGUUAUUACACACUGUCAUGCCUAGAAGCCAUACAAAUAAUUAAGAGACACUAAUUUGGUAUUCAGGGCUAUUCAAAGUUCACUCCCAAAGUUCAUUUCCAAGAGGAGUUCAGUACUGAUAACUUAGGUUAAGUGUCACCUGCCAUUGGCCUUACUGUAUGGAGACAUAGGCAAACAGAUGUCACGUACAUUGUGCUUUAAAGUUAGAAACCCUGCCUGAUCUUUGUGUCAGAGUUCCCACUUAGCAACUGAAAAGGCAAACUGUACGUUCCCUAGAGGGGAAGUUAUUGUAAGGACGAGGAUGGGCUGGAUUCCCCCUGUCCCCUACAAAUAAAUCACCGAGGAGGAGCACCCGGAGCUAGUGGCACAACAGCAGCCAGCACAGAACAGCCAGCUGUCCUUCCCCGGCCCUGGUGCCAUCCACCACUUCCCUCCCCCGCCAGUGUGUGGCUGGCUCCUGAGGGGGACUGGCUCCGCUGGAAGGGAACGCGUGCGACAGGCGGUACGAGCUGGUGACAGGGUUGAGCUCCUACUUUCAUGCAAACCUCCCCUCCCUCGCAAGCCAGCGCUUGCGGUCCCCACAGCCCGGGACAGCUCGCUCCGCUGCCACAGAACCACCCCUCAAGCUUCCCCGACUUUCUUCGCGCUCUGCCACCGGGCGCCGUAGCCUCUGCCCCCCGGGCAGCAGCGGGAGCAGGGUAGCGGCCAGGAUGAAGGCGGCUUUGAAGUUUUCCAUGAGCGCCCCUCCGGUGAUCCGGCCGCCCAGCCCUUUGCAGCCGGCGGCGGGGGCUGCUCCCGGCGGCGGCAUCUCCUUUCACCUCCAGAUCGGGCUGAGCCGGGAGCCGGUGCUGCUGCUGCAGGACUCCUCGGGGGAAUUCAGCCUGGCGCACGUCCGGGAAAUGGCUUGCUCCAUCGUGGACCAAAAGUUUCCUGAAUGUGGUUUCUAUGGAAUGUAUGAUAAAAUUCUACUUUUUCGCCAUGAUCCUACCUCUGAAAACAUUCUCCAGCUGGUGAAGUCAGCUACUGAUAUCCAAGAAGGAGACCUAAUUGAGGUUGUCUUGUCAGCUUCUGCCACAUUUGAAGACUUUCAGAUCCGUCCCCAUGCUCUGUUUGUUCAUUCAUACCGAGCACCAGCCUUCUGUGACCACUGUGGAGAAAUGCUGUGGGGUCUUGUGCGUCAGGGACUUAAGUGUGAAGGAUGUGGUCUAAACUACCAUAAGAGGUGUGCAUUUAAAAUCCCGAACAACUGCAGUGGUGUACGUAAAAGACGACUCUCAAAUGUUUCCUUAACGGGACUCAACACUAUUCGGACAGUAUCUGCAGAACUCUCACCUACCACCCCAGAUGAGGCCCUUCUGUCUCCUUUCAGCCCUGGCUAUGAGCAAAAGACACCAUCUGAAUCAUUCACUGGGCGAGAGAAGAGGUCAAAUUCUCAGUCCUACAUUGGACGACCUAUUCAACUAGACAAGAUUUUACUUUCCAAGGUUAAAGUGCCUCACACUUUCGUCAUCCACUCCUACACACGCCCAACAGUUUGCCAGUACUGUAAGAAGCUUCUCAAAGGGCUUUUUAGACAGGGCUUGCAGUGUAAAGAUUGUAGGUUCAAUUGUCACAAGCGCUGUGCACCUAAAGUGCCAAAUAACUGCCUUGGUGAAGUAGCCAUUAAUGGAGAUUUGCUUAGUCCUGGUGCUGAGUCAGAUGUGGUCAUGGAAGAAGGAAGUGAUGACAAUGACAGUGAAAGAAAUAGUGGUCUUAUGGAUGACAUGGAUGAGUCUAUGGCUCAUGAUUCUGAGAUGUCAAUGACAGGAUGCCACAGUGACAAUGGGGAAAUGCAAGAUCCCGAUCCUGACCAUGAUGAUUCUAACAGAAUGAUUAGCCCUUCAACAAGCAACAAUAUUCCGCUAAUGAGAGUGGUGCAAUCUGUCAAGCACACAAAAAGAAAAAGUAGCACAGUAAUGAAGGAGGGAUGGAUGGUUCACUAUACCAGCAAGGACACACUGAGGAAAAGACACUACUGGAGGCUAGACAGCAAAUGCAUUACACUCUUUCAAAAUGAUACUGGAAGCAAAUAUUACAAGGAAAUUCCAUUAUCUGAAAUUUUGUCCCUGGAACCUGCAAAAAACUUCACUUUACUGUCGCAAGAAGCCAAUCCCCAUUGCUUUGAAAUAACCACAGCAAAUGUAGUUUAUUAUGUUGGAGAAAACCUAGAAAACCUCUCAAGUGUACCACUGAAUAACAGUGUUCUCACCAGUGGCAUUGGUCUGGAUGUUGCGAGAAUGUGGGAGAUGGCAAUUCAGCAUGCUCUGAUGCCUGUCAUUCCUAAAGGGGCUUCAGUUGGAUCAGGACCCAGCCUGCACAGGGAUAUAUCCAUCAGUAUUUCGGUAUCAAACUGCCAGAUUCAAGAAAAUGUGGAUAUUAGUACAGUAUACCAAAUCUUCCCAGAUGAAGUGUUGGGAUCGGGACAAUUUGGAAUUGUUUAUGGAGGAAAACAUCGCAAAACAGGAAGAGAUGUUGCAAUUAAAAUCAUCGACAAACUAAGAUUUCCAACUAAACAAGAAAGCCAACUUCGUAAUGAGGUUGCAAUUUUACAGAACCUUCAUCAUCCUGGAGUAGUAAAUCUGGAGUGUAUGUUUGAGACACCAGAAAGAGUGUUCGUUGUUAUGGAAAAGCUCCAUGGAGACAUGUUGGAGAUGAUCUUGUCAAGUGAAAAAGGCAGAUUGCCAGAACGAAUAACAAAGUUUUUAAUUACCCAGAUCCUUGUUGCCUUGAGGCAUCUUCACUUUAAAAAUAUUGUUCAUUGUGAUCUCAAGCCAGAAAAUGUACUGCUAGCAUCAGCUGAUCCUUUCCCACAGGUAAAACUUUGUGACUUUGGCUUUGCCCGAAUCAUUGGAGAGAAGUCAUUCAGGCGCUCAGUAGUGGGUACACCAGCUUACCUAGCUCCAGAAGUACUGAGAAACAAAGGCUAUAAUAGGUCUUUGGAUAUGUGGUCUGUGGGUGUCAUUAUUUAUGUGAGCCUUAGUGGUACAUUUCCAUUCAAUGAAGACGAAGACAUUCAUGACCAAAUCCAGAAUGCUGCUUUCAUGUACCCACCAAAUCCCUGGAAGGAAAUCUCUCAUGAAGCUAUUGAUCUCAUAAAUAAUUUGCUGCAAGUGAAAAUGAGGAAGCGCUACAGUGUGGACAAGACGCUAAGCCACCCAUGGUUACAGGACUAUCAAACCUGGUUAGAUUUACGAGAGCUUGAAUGUAAAAUCGGAGAACGCUACAUCACCCAUGAAAGCGAUGACUCACGUUGGGAACAGUACGCAGGAGAGCAUGAUUUGCAGUAUCCAGCACAUCUUAUCAAUCCAAGUGCUAACCACAAGGAAAAUACUGAGCCAGAGGAAGCAGAGAUGAAAGCCCUCAGUGAGCGUGUCAGCAUCCUUUAAGUUGCAUCCCCUAUCAUCUGUCAAAACACUGUGGAAUUAAUAAAUACAUAUGAUCAGGUUUAACAUUUGCCUUGCAGAACUGCCAUUAUUUUCUGUCAGAUGGGAACAAAGCUGUUAUACUGUUACCACUGUUGAUGCAUCUGAGUUGCCAAGACAAAUCAACAGAAGCAUUUUUAUUUUGUGUGACCAACUGUGUUGUAUUAACAAAAGUUCCCAGACACACUAAACUUGUUAUUGUGAAUAAUUCAUGUAUUAAAUGCAUUAAAACCUAUCUCCGCUGUGCCUUUGCAAACUAGUGUUUUCUUACUUGAGCCUCGUAUUGGUAAGAGAGAACCUUUCCAUACCAAUCUCUGUUGUGUGUGCACCAUUAGUAUUGUAAGUGUAAGCAAACUCUUGAAGAGUAGAUUAUUACUGCUGUUCUGUGAACAACUUCUACCAUUUGGAUAAAGUGUUUAUUUGCUAUGGAAAAAAUAUAUUAAGAUAUAAAAAAGCAUGAAAAUAACAAAUUACAUAAUACUGUACAGUUUUAAGUCAGAUGCACCGUCUGUGUAUGUGUAUUUAUAUAGACACAAGCACGCAUACACAUGAUGCAACCUGCUCUAAAGCCUAAAUGCCUUAGUAAUGUAAACUGCAGUAUAUGUCAGUUGUAUUUCCCCUUUUCUUAAAACAUUCUGCUCUAACAUGUAAAUUCAGAAGCUGAACCACAUGUUGCCUUUGUGUAUGUUUUCAA